CGCCAGAACUGCAUAUGAUUAUGUCUUUUUCUUCUUAUCGAUGUCUAUUGCAUGCUAUCGGGCGAGCUUCCCCUUUUGGGCGGAGGAGAAGGACUGGUGUUGCUCCAAGGAGCACUAGCAAGCCGGAGGAACGGUGAGCAGUAAGCUUCAAUUGGAGGUAAGUACUGUCCGAUACAGUAUCGCGUGACAAUCACGACACUUAUUACACAGCCACUGUUUUGCCUUUCGGGCAAGGUCGGUCAACGGUUACACUAGUCGCAGGUGAAAUGGCCUCAGGGAAUCCCUUAGAGGAAGCGUUGGCAGAGUCUUUCAAUCCUCCCCCGUUGAAGCGACAAUCUUUGGUACAACCCCUUGACAAUCCAGGAGCUCCGGGAAAUCCAGAAGAAGCAGCGAACAUGAACGAGGCUCAGGCAAGUUCGGAGUCAGUAGAUCCCGGUGAAGUCGAGGCUUGGAAGUCGGAGUACGAAGAGCAUGUUCAAGAAUGGCGUGCACAGAAUGCAGAAGCUAGAAAGAAGGCUGAGCAGGAACGAGCACGGUGGGAGGCAAUCCGAGGGCAGGAAUCAGGAGAAGGCAAAAGACGACCAUCUUACGAAGAGUCCGGUUGGCAGACUGUUUCUGGACAGCAAAGCCUUGUGGCAUCUUCUAAUGUCCCUAGGCUGGGCCCUCCUAGCCCUGCGGACGUCCGCGAUUUAGUUUCUGGGGAACGUUCGAGAAAUCCCCCGCCGGCGUCUACUAGUGCGACAAAUCCCGAAAGGCAGGAUACAUGGGAAGAGUUACCGUCAGAAUUGACCUCUUCGUAUCCAUCCAUGUCUUUCCCCUCGGAAGAACAUUCAACUCCACCGGAGCAUAACAAGCCAUCAUCACACCAGGAGAUACAUCCCUCUUUUACCGUAACAGGUGCCAUCUUUGAUUCUUCGUUGACAACCAAAACGCGAGUAAAAGCAUUAUGUGCAUCCCUCGCCAUCAACAUUCUACUUCCCUUCGUCAAUGGAGUCAUGUUGGGAUUCGGUGAAAUAUUCGCAAAGAACGUCGCUUUUCGCUGGUUAGGAUGGAACACACCUGGGUCUGUGGCCUCUUCUUUGGGACUCGGUCCCAGGAGAAGAUAG